AUGGAGAGGGUUCAGCCUCGACUCGUCUUCUCGGCCGCGGGUCUGAUGGUCUUUGGGUCGGCCUGGUUGCUACCCUCACAGGCCAUGGCUGCUUCGAAUCACGCUCCCAUCGACGUACCCUCUCUCAACAUGCUACCUCGCAGAAAUGAUACGGGUCCCAUUUCAAAAGCGCAAGGACAGUCUGGCAUUGGCCUCGUGACCUUCGUCACCUCUAUUGCCACAGCUUUGAUCAUCUUUGGCGUCCAAAUAUCUCUAUUCGCUAUCCUUCGAAACAGGCUGGCACGCAUCUUUAAACCAAAGACAUACCUUGUUCCCGAACGCGAAAGAACCGAGCCGCCUCCCAACAAUUUCUUCGCCAUGAUGAAGACCGUCAUCUGUUUCCAGGAUCGCGAGAUCAUAAAAAAAUGCGGCCUCGAUGCCUACUUCUUUUUGCGCUACCUGAAAACUCUUCUUACCAUUUUUAUACCCAUUUGUGCCGUCGUUCUACCCAUCUUGAUUCCGAUCAACUACGUUGGGGGUAUUGGAAAGCGGAUUGAUAUGAGCGCCGACAACAACACUGACAACGACAAGAAUGUUACCGGCCUUGACACGCUAGCCUGGGCCAAUAUACGCCCUGAACACAGUGGCCGUUAUGCAGCGCAUCUUGUGCUGGCCAUCCUGGUGGUGAUAUGGAUCUGUGCCGUCUUCUUCUUCGAGCUCAAAGCAUACAUAAAGGUCCGACAAGACUACCUCACCAGUGCCGAGCACCGUCUGCGAGCUUCCGCUACCACUGUACUUCUCAAUUCCAUUCCCAAGAAAUGGCUCAGCGAAGAGGCGCUUCGAGGACUUCUCGACGUCUUCCCGGGUGGAGUCAGAAAUGUGUGGCUGAACCGCGACAUGACAAAGCUUCUCGACAAGGUCAAUUUACGCGAACUGAUGCACGCAGCCUUGGAAAAUGCUGAGACCGAGCUCAUCAAGGCUGCCAAAAAAGCCCAACUCAAGCAACAGAAAAGAGACGAGAAAAAGGAGCGCAAGAAAAUGAAGCUUGGAGCACUGAGCAAGAAGGAAAAGGCUGCUAGAAGCGCGAAACGAGACGAAGAGGCCAGGGAGCUUGCACACAGUGGGCAAGGUGAAGGUGCUGGCGAUGACUGCAACAUUCCUCACACUGUCACUGCUGGUGUCCAGGAAUCAGCCAUGGAGAUCGAAGAGCAGCAUCAUCAUGGCAACGACAACAAUGAAGACAUUGACGAGAAACACGGUGGCGCGCACAAUCCCUUGGUCGGACUGACCAAAACCACUUCCAAAGUCGCUGGCGGGCUAAAAAAUGUCGCUAACAAGUCCGGCAAGGGAAUUGAAGAGGGUCUUGGAACAACGCAUGGUUUUGCGCCGCUGUCUCCGAAGAGCAAAAGGAGCCUGUCUGCUUCUGUUCAGCGCCCACAAACUGGUCACUCCCAACCAACGCAUUCACCUGCCGGCUCCGUCGUCUCCGCGACAUCCACCAGUGCCAUUAAGAGGCCCGAGGGCGCAGAGGACCGUGGCAUUGGUGGUAACACAGUUAGAAGAGCAGCAGAUGAUGAUAAUUUCAUGGAUAAUCGAAGACGUCGCUUUUGGCAAUUCUGGAAGCCCCCAUCAGGCGGAUAUGCUUCGCCAGUUCCCCAAGGCUUCGAGGCCGAAGAUUAUAUGUCUGCUGGUCAACAGAAGAAAAAGACAUUCUGGCAAACAGUCAAGGGUUUUAUUCCGUUUACCGGCAACGACGAGGCGCAAGUAGACUAUCCUGAGGCAUUCGACCCAGAAUAUGACAACGCAGAGGAAGAAGAUGCAGAGUGGCGGAAAUAUCUUAAGAAGAAGCAGCGUCCCACACAUCAUCUGCCCUUGUUCGGCGUCAACUGGCUGUUCGGUGUCCCUGGAAUCACGAAAAAGGUCGAUACCAUCUACUACUGCCGAAAGGAACUUGCCCGUCUGAAUCUAGAGAUCGAAGAGGACCAAAAGCAUCCCGAACGUUAUCCACUCAUGAGCUCAGCCUUUGUUCAGUUCAACCACCAAGUGGCGGCGCACAUGGCUUGUCAGAGCGCUGUGCACCACAUCCCCCGUUACAUGGCCCCCAGAAUUAUCGAAAUCUCGCCACGAGAUGUUGUUUGGGACAAUAUGGCUAUUUCCUGGUGGGGAGAAGGUCUGCGUGCCUUCAUCGUCAUUGGCAUUGUGUGCACCAUGGCUUUUCUCUGGGCUAUCCCGGUUGCCUGGACAGCUGCAGUUAGCCAACUCGAUCAGCUGAUCCAAGAUAACAAGUGGCUUGGCUUCCUCAAGGCGAACCAUAAUGUCGAAAACCUUGCCAAGAUUAUUGCGGGCGUGUUGCCGGCCGCUCUGCUGGCGCUUCUGCUUGUUUUGGUGCCCUUGAUUCUGAACUUUCUCGCGGGCAUUCGAGGAGCGAAAACAGGCACACAAAAAGCCGAGUUUGUCCAAUUCUUCUAUUUCGUCUUUUUGUUCCUUCAAGUCUUCCUUGUUGUAUCGAUUGCCUCGUUCUUCGCCGCGUCUCUGGACAAGUUCGUCGUCAACAUUAGAGAGCAACUGAGUUCUGUUCAAAGCGUGCUGGACCUUUUGGCCAACAACCUGCCAAAGGCGGCCAACUACUUCUUCUCCUACAUGAUACUUCAAGCGUUGACUACCAGCUCUGGUACACUACUACAGAUUGCUUCACUUCUUUUCUGGUUCAUUAUCGGGCCCAUGUUUGACAGCACCGCUCGAAACAAGUGGGCGCGAAAUACGAACCUCAACAAUGUGCAGUGGGGAGCCUUCUUUCCUGUAUACACCAACUUUGCCUGUAUCGCCAUUUUUUACUGCAUUAUCUCACCUUUGAUUUCCAUCUUUGCGAUAGUCACAUUUGGCCUUUUGUGGCUUGCACAGCGUUACGCUAUGGUGUACGUUUACCGUCUUGAGCACGACACCGGUGGCGUCUUAUAUCCGCGUGCCAUCAAUCAGACCUUCACUGGCCUGUACUUUAUGCAGUUGUGUAUGGCUGGUCUCUUCUUCAUCGUCAAAGACCAAGACGACCGUAACCCGUGCAUCACACACGGUGUUAUCAUGUUGGUAGUCAUGAUCUUGACCAUGAUUUAUCAGUACCUCCUCAACCGGUCAUUCUCGCCGCUAUUCCGUUAUCUGCCCAUCACAUAUGAAGACGAAGCCGUUCUUCGCGACGAAGCGUUCCAGCGAGCUCAAGAUUCUCGACUAGGUGUCGCCGAAGAUGAGGAAGAGGAAGAAGACCCGAAGGAAUUACAGGGCAUGCGGGAGAAGUGUCCUUCUCUGGGCGAAUGUGAAGAGGGUAUUGAGCUUAACACCGUGGACCAGGAGAGGCGUCGUCCGGGCGGCGUGCUUUCUCUGAAACCGAUGAAGCAGGUCGGAAAGCACGUGGGCGGAUGGGCCAAGGGCGGAGGCAACCAGCUGCUGCGUCUUACCCGGGCGGACCGCAAUUCGCAGGCCGCGCAGUAUCGUCGGCAACAGCGCAACAAGGACCUCGAGGCGCAGCGCGCAAUGGGUAAUGCCCUUUUCGGCGGCGUCCACGACGAAAUCGAAGACUUGACGCCCGACGAGAGGGAUAUGCUGACGCGGCACGCCUUUUUGCAUUAUGCCAUGCGCGCCCGUCGCCCGGCCGUCUGGAUCCCGCGCGACGACCUGGGAAUCAGCGACGACGAGAUUCGGCGCACGCGCGCGUUUAGCAAGCACAUUUGGAUCAGCAACGAAGGCACAGCGCUCGAUAGUAAAGUGCGCGUGGUUUACGGCAAGCAUCCUCCCGAUUUCUCCGAGAUUGACCUGAUCAACCUGUAA